AUGGAGCACGCAGACCCAUUCCUACAAGUCCAAGCGGACGUUGUCUCAACCCUACAAACCAGCCGACCACUCUUCUCCUCAUACCUCCGCAUCCGGUCGCUAGCCAAAAGCCCAACCAAUCCAGAACUCAAACAAGCGCGCUCAGAGCUCGAAAGCACCUUAACAGAGCUAACAGCCGACCUGAACGAUCUGGUCGAAAGCGUGCGCGCAAUCGAACAAGACCCCUACCGCUAUGGACUGGAACUAGAGGAGGUGCAGCGACGGCGCAAGCUCGUCGACGAUGUCGGUGACGAGGUGGAAAAAAUGCACCAGGAGCUACAACAGGCUGUUUCCAAUUCUGCUGUCGAUACACUGCCCAAUCCUACGGAGUUUGAUGCUGCGCUCGAGGAGGAGGAGCGCGGGCGUGGCGGGGAUGAUUAUUAUGCCUCUAUGGAACAGCAGCGCCAGUCUGAGCUUAUGCAUGAGCAGGAUGAGCAGCUGGAUGGUGUUUUUCGCACUGUUGGGAAUCUGCGUCAGCAGGCUGAUGAUAUGGGUCGUGAGUUGGAGGAUCAGGCUGUCAUGAUCGAUGAAGUUGAUACGCUGGCCGACCGGGUUGGAGGGAAGUUGUCGAAUGGGAUGUCGCGUAUCAAGCAUAUUGUGGCCAAAAACGAGGGUAAGAUUGCGUCCUUUUUGCUCUAUUUACUUUGUCCAUGCUGGAUCUCUACUGGGAUGGAUGGUCUGGUAUGGUAUGGGAAUCUCAAAGUUCAAACUAACUUUUCCGACUAG